CUAAACUGCACUGAACCGACCUGAAUAACGACCGAAGAACUUUCCUCAGAUGACUCGGGCUAAACUCAACGCUAAUAUGCGAGGAUUUUCGAAGUGCGCCUAGCCUUCUGUUGAAGUGAGCCCAAUGCCUCCUAAAUGCUGUGUAAGGUCCAUCUGUGUAAGGUCCAUCUUCAUGUUGCUUUUGCUCUGGAGCACUGGAGCACCAGCAGAGGAAGUAUGCUCUGUGCACUCAAGCAAGGAAGUCCACAUGGGCUCAAGCUUCCAGAUUUUCUGCAUCUUCAGAAAGAACUGUGACAAGUUUGUAUACCGAGAUGAAAAGCUCCUAAAUGACUCCAGCCAGAACUCGACAGCGGCGAUCGUGAAAAUCGUGAAUCUGACUCGUCGCACCACCUUUACAUGCAAAUGCAACAACAUGCCAGAACCCUGUGGCACUGACAUCAUUCCUGGGUAUCCGCCUGCGGUUCCACAGAACCUCACCUGUGUUCAAGAAGGAGAAUUUGGCAAAGUCAACUGCACAUGGAAAACAGGAUGGGAAACACAUGUCCGGACCAACUCAUGCCUGUGGUUGCAAGGGGACCGUCCUGUUAAUUGUACAAGUGUCGUGAUUCAUGAAGGGACCCGUUCAGCCUUAUUUCCAGUUUCUGAAACACGAACCCACAUCUCAGUGUGGGUUAAUGCCAGCAACAGCUUGGGCUCUGCAACCUCUGCCAUCCACACAUUCUCGCUCAGUGAUAUAGUAAAACCCUUACGCCCACACAUCAAGAGUGUGAAGUGCACCUCAAGACGAUGCCAGCUCUACCCAGACAAAGCACAAAACAUUCAGCUGGUAGAGAUUCAAUACAGAGUGGACCAAGGGCACUGGAGCACCAUCUCAUUCAAUCACACAAGCUCAAGGACCAACUGGACUGUAGCACCACUGAAUCCAUACAGUCUGUACACGUUUCAGAUUCGGUGGAAAUUUAGCCCAGCGAGAGGGCUGUGGAGUGAAUGGACGAGGACAGAGCACUGGACUGAUGAAGAAGCCCCUGCGAAGAUGUUAGAUGCCUGGUAUUUUGAGGAACCGACAAAAAGUGGAACCAAGACUGUACAAUUAAUUUGGAAGGAACUGAGUAAAGCAGACGCCAGAGGAAAGAUCUUGCAGUAUAAUGUGAGCGUGAUUGAACAGGGGAAGAUCAACAAAAGUACCAGUAUUAAAUCUACACAAAGAGCCUUUAAUGUGUCCUGUUUUCCCUGUAAUGUAUCCAUAUCUGCCAUAAAUUCAAAAGGCCCGUCUCCUGUUCGACUUGUUCAUCUGCAUCACAUAGCUCCUCUUCCUGUUCCGGUGUCCUACACACGUGUGAGUAAUAAUAGUGUCGCCCUCUCCUGGCCAAGACCUUUCAUUGCAGACAGUGUGAGAGAGUUCCUGGUGGAGUGGCACCCUGCUGGGCACAAACAUCAGCUUCAGUGGAUCCGUGUACAGCACCACAUCAACACUGUAAACAUCACUGGUUUGCAGGCUACAGAGUGCUAUGAGGGUGCAGUCAUUUAUCUGCACUCAUCUGGGACCAAAAAGGCUGUGUUUGGUGAUAUCUCCACAUGGGAGAUGGCACCACAACAGGGUCCUGAGUGUACCUUCACCAUUGUGGACAAAGGCGUGAAGGUAAAAUGGAGUGAGGUUCCCCUAAAUAAAAGAGGAGGCUGUCUGAUCAAUUACACCAUCUACCUUGAGGAUUCCGAUGGCAAAAUUCUGAGUUACAAUGUGAGUCACCCAAAGAGGGAGUUCACCAUUAGCGACCUGACCUUCGGACAGAGAUACAAGCUGAGGGUCUCGGCCUGGACUAAAGCUGGAGAGGGUCCUAAAGGACGUGAACUACCAUUCAAACUAAUACGCCCAGGAGAAGCAUUAGAUGAGAAACCUCUGGCACUGGUGUUGUCAGUAGUAGGUGCUGUUUUCCUCAUCUGUCUCCUCUGCAUCUAUCAGUUCCCUUCAGUACAACGAAGGUUGUCACACUGUUGUUACUGCCUGAUGCCGAGCAUCGUUCCAGAUCCUGCAAACAGCAAAUGGGCAAAAGAGUGUGCAGAGGGUGAGAUGAAACUGCACUUGCACCUGAAUGACUCCACGAUAAGUGAAGAAGAACCAGACACAGUGGAGGUGCAGGAAUUUCCACAGGAGGAACUGCUCCUGGCUGAGAUUCCUCCUGCCAAUGAAACCCUUCAUUCAGAAAAGCAGCAGGUCCAGCAGCUUCGUGUCCCAUCAGCCUCAUAUCAGUCCAACAUUACCAGCCCCUACCUCAAAAGCUUCUCCCACGAGUCCAGCUCAUCAGAUGCCACCCAGGCCUCCAGAGGCACAGACAUCACCGUCGACUACAUCUCUACUCAUGGAGCGAUGAGUGAAGAGGACGACAAUGAGGAGGAGAUGGAGGUGUUUGGAUUCUUUCCCUGUCCGCAGAGCCCCUUCCUGGAGCCGCUGAUGUCAGUUGGAGGAAAACUUACCCUGGAUUCUGUGAAAAUAGACUGCAGUGAUUUCUUAGACUGCACAUGAACCUACAGUAAACCUUUAAAUGAACUACACAGGAUCUCAGAGACAAUCCACAGCAUGUGUUUAAGGUGUUCUUACUCUUCUAAGGAGCUCAGGUGGAGGAGAGGUUCAUUACGUUAAACCACCACUGCUGAGACCUGGGUUCAAAUCUCAGCGGCCAGCUGGGUGUCUACACAGACAUUAUGGGCUGUCUGAGGUGGGAAGAUGGCUGCAGAUGGAUCGGUGCCCUGUCCUGAUGGAACCGGACCUGCUGUGACCCUGAGCAGGAUAAAGUGGUUGAUGAAAUGUAACAUUUACUCUACUAAGCCACUUCAGACUGUAACACUAAACCUGGGCCUGUUUUAAAAAAUACCAACCAACACCCACCAACUGGGCAGUUGUAGCCUAGCGAUUAAGGUA